GCGCUGAUGUUCAAUAACGAACUCAUGGCUGACGUUCACUUCAUCGUGGGCCCGCCGGGAGCAUCCAAGAAAGUUCCUGCCCAUAAGUAUGUUUUGGCAGUUGGUAGCUCUGUCUUCUACGCUAUGUUUUAUGGAGAUCUCGCAGAGGUCAAAUCCGAAAUCCAUAUACCAGAUGUGGAACCUGCAGCCUUUCUAAUCCUAUUAAAAUAUAUGUACAGUGACGAAAUAGACCUGGAAGCUGACACGGUUCUGGCUACGCUGUAUGCUGCCAAGAAGUACAUCGUGCCAGCCCUAGCAAAGGCUUGCGUCAAUUUUCUGGAGACCAGUCUAGAAGCGAAGAACGCUUGUGUCCUGCUGUCUCAGAGCAGGCUCUUCGAGGAGCCAGAGCUGACGCAGCGCUGCUGGGAAGUGAUUGAUGCUCAAGCAGAAAUGGCACUGAAGUCAGAGGGCUUCUGUGAGAUAGAUCAACAAACACUAGAGAUCAUUGUAACCCGGGAGGCACUCAACACCAAGGAAGUGGUAGUUUUCGAGGCUGUUCUCAACUGGGCAGAGGCUGAAUGCAAACGACAAGGGCUGCCGAUUACGCCGCGCAACAAGAGGAACGUGUUAGGAAAAGCUUUGUACUUGGUGCGGAUUCCAACCAUGACUCUGGAAGAGUUUGCCAAUGGAGCUGCCCAGUCUGACAUCCUGACCCUAGAGGAAACUCACAACAUAUUCCUAUGGUACACGGCCGCAAAUAAACCCAAACUAGAAUUUCCGCUGACAAAAAGAAAAGGACUCGUACCUCAGCGAUGCCAUCGGUUUCAGUCAUCUGCAUAUCGCAGCAAUCAGUGGAGGUACCGAGGGCGGUGUGACAGUAUUCAGUUUGCCGUAGACAAACGGAUAUUUAUAGCAGGACUGGGAUUGUAUGGGUCAAGCUGCGGCAAAGCUGAAUACAGCGUCAAAAUCGAACUGAAGCGCUUGGGAGUUGUCCUUGCUCAAAAUCUGACAAAGUUUACCUCCGAUGGCUCCAGUAACACUUUCUCUGUGUGGUUUGAACACCCUGUGCAGGUUGAGCAAGACACGUUUUACAACGUGAGCGCUAUCCUUGAUGGAAAUGAACUCAGUUACUUUGGGCAAGAGGGAAUGACUGAAGUGCAGUGUGGGAAAGUGACCUUCCAGUUCCAGUGCUCCUCGGACAGCACUAAUGGAACUGGAGUACAAGGAGGACAAAUACCUGAGCUCAUUUUCUAUGCAUGAUGCAUUUCACCUUGAUUGUAUUUCAGUACUGCAGUGAUGCACAUUAAGGGAUUUUUCAGUUUUACCACGAACGCUGUAGCAGUAUGGAUGUUACGCUACUUACCUAUCUGCUACAUCAGGCUAUACAAAUAAGUGAAGGAAUGCUCUUGAAUUUAAUCUUAUUUUAUUUAUUCAUAAGCUAUUUGACUUAAGACUGCAAUGAGCAGGAAAAUGUUAAAUUUCGCACGUACUGUGCAUUUAUUUUGUAUAUAGAUAACUAACUUGUCGACUACAGCUGACUUAAACAGAAUGUUCUAAACUAGAGCAAUUCACAAAUCUGUGAAAUAUAAAACAUUUUUACUUGCCCUAAA